AUGGUACAAGAUGCGGUAAAAGUUAGUUCUGACGCUGUCGAAUUGUGGAAACUAGGAGUUUUGAAGGAGAAGGACGGUUUGAUGAUGGACGCGAUUGGAUGUUACAGAAGAGCUUUGAAGAUAGACGACAACGUAGAGAAUACUUAUCGAAAACUGGUUCGCCAGAGUAUGGUGAAAAAAAGUGCUCCAACAGCGGUUUCAACGCCAGCAACAGAGACUUCCCAUGUUUCAAAGGGCCACGAUGAGAUCGUCGCCCCUCAGGAGGAAAUAUCGGAGCCCUUGCCGUGUUGGAUUCUACAACUACUAUCCGAGGACAUUCUGCAGCAAAUUGUGCUGCACAUCGUGGCAAGUUCGGGCGAGUCUUGGGUUAAUCUAUCCUUGACGUGCAAGAAGUUCCACAAACUGUGUUUUCAGCAACCUGACCCGUAUCGUGCGUUUGCAACUCACAUUUACCCACUACAACAGUACGACGAAGCGUCUUUGACGCUUAACGGGCUCAGUAAUCUCCAGGUACUCGAACAGGCACUUUGGGGCAGCGAUUAUCGACGCAUGCUGCGGGAGCGGGCCUUUAUAAAGUUUCAGGGCUGCUAUAUCAGCGUCGUAAACUACCUGCGGCAUGGAGCCAACCCCGAGGGCUCAAAUUCGUUGAUUAGCCCGGUACACAUGAUUACCUAUUACCGGUAUCUACGGUUUUACCCCGAUGGCACUUGUCUGCGGCUCGUGUCGACGGACGAACCGUCAGUGGUAGUGCGUCACUUCAAAUGCGAGCAUCUACUCAAAAACACAGAGCUUUGUCGCUGGUCGUGCUCGAUCGACGAUGACUUUUCUGUGCUUACGAUCAAGCGUCGCAACGAGAAAUACCAAUUUGUGGAAACUUUGCAGAUCAGCUCGCAUGGUCGUCGCUUGUACCACAGGCUGAAUUGGGUUCGCUCAGAGGCUUUCAAGGACACUGGUGACCGAGUCGAGUUCUCCAUGCACAGUGAAAAGCCAUUUUCCUUUUCUCGUGUGAACACUUAUAGACAUGAGACUGCAGCAUGA